CGACUGAGUUAUCCACUCUAGUUGGAUUACCGAGCUAUUUUGACUGAUAUAACCACUAUUAGUUAUUUAGCUUGCAAAUAUCAUUCCCCUUUUCUGUUUUUGCCCUAAUUCUGCUCUUCUCUCUCUCAAUACCUCGAAAGGUUCAGAAUUACUCAAAAUGCUACACACAGAACCGUCAUUUGCAAUAUACAGUACAGAUGAUAAGUUUGCGGAGGGAGCUGAGAAUGAAGAUUUAAUUAGAGAGAAGAUUGAGAGAUCUGAUGCGAUUGGGAAAACCAUUGACACUCAGUUCACCUUUGGGUCGAACUCGAUGCGUAUUAUUGAAGAAGAAGAUGAUGAUGAUGAAGAAGAAGAAGAAAAGGAGAGGGUCUUCCAAGGUCUCGAUAAAUAUGGGCCAUGGGAUUUCGACCAUGAUGGCGAUCUGGAUGGUUAUUUUAGUAAAUUGGUUGAGAAAGAUCCUUCAAACCCUUUGGUCUUGAGAAACUAUGCUCAGUAUUUGGAGUCAAGGAGGGAUUUUUCCGGUGCCGAGGAAUACUAUUAUCGUGCCAUGUUGGCGGACCCUAAAGAUGGUGAGGUACUGUCACAGUAUGCCAAGUUGGUGUGGGAAAUCCAUGGCGAUCAAGCUAAGGCCUCACAUUAUUUCAAAAGGGCGGUUCAAGCUGCACCAGAGAAUAGCAAUGUUCUAGCUGCAUAUGCAAGUUUCAUGUGGAAUAUAGAUGAUGAAAGUGACGAAGAAGAAAGGUGGCCUAAUAAUCAGGUUGAUGAUGAGUAUUCUGCCGUAGUAGAUCCCUCAACCACAGGUUUUAAAGAAGUGAAAAGGCCGUCUAGCCCGCCUUUACAUCUUGCAAUGGGGCUGGGACUUGAUAGUCAGAAUAUUGACUGCAUAGACACAUGUUCGGACGAGAGUAGUAAUGUUGAAGAAUAUUACAAGAGGAUGACAGAGGAAAAUCCCCAUAAUCUGUCGAGUCUCAGAAGCUAUGCUCUUUUCUUGCAUCAGUCGAGGGGUGACCUUAGUGGGGCCGAAGAAUAUUGUUCGCGUGCCAUACUAGAGGAUCCAAACGAUGGGCAGAUGCUUUGUUUAUAUGCAAACAUUUUGUGGCAGCUGCAUGGAGACAAAGACAGAGCACUGGCACAUUUUGAACGGGCAGUUUUAGCAAGCCCAGAAGAUAGCAAUGUUCUGGCGGCAUACGCUAAAUUUUUGUGGGAGACGGACGCAGAAGAAAUUGAAACUGACAUCAGAAUGUGAUAUCGACAACUUUUUAUUCUAUUUGAAGUAGAAAAUAAUAACAGAUGUGGAAAGUCGUGGCAUCUCAGCUUCUUUUAAGUUAGGAAGAUUUGCAGCCAAUUUUCCCAUCCGAUUCUCACCGAUUUUCAAGAAUUGGGCAAUGUGUGAUCAAUAAUUUGAGAAUGUUGAAACUUUUAUUUUAAAAUUUUGCUGUAUUCAGAUAGUCUGCAUUUAUCUGCCUGUGCUGCAUGUCUCUAUUUCUCCCUCCAACUACACAAAUGUAUCAUAUCAUCUAUACAAAUGGAUUUUCACAAGUUGCC